GCUGUGCAUUACAAUUGGCAUCGCGAACAUUCUUCUCGCCUUCAAACUAUCCUGUACCAGUUCAAAAUCACCUUUCAAAGGUUGAGUAACGUAAUCCUCUUCUCCUCCUCCCAAAAUAACUUUCUGGUUUCUCCUUAUUAAUCUCUUCCUUAAUUAUCUCCACCUACCAUUUUUGUCUUUGUCCUUUAUUAUCUUCUUUCCUAUUUUUGGCUUACUGAUUUCUGCUUCUUUUUUCCUCCUGUUUCCCUAUAUCUCAAUCUGCUCUGGUAUUGACAACCUUUGAUCAUUGUCUCAAAGAAAGAUUUUGCUUUUUUGUGACAAACCCAUAUCUUGAAAUCACAUUUCUAACGUUGUUGUUUGUAUUCUUUUAGGAGAUUCCAAGGUGGGUUUUUUUGGGUUUGUUGCUGAUUUUACUUUCGACAAUGAAUUUGAGGUUUCUCUAGUUAGGAAUCAAUCUAUGAUAUCUGUUAUUUCCACCACUCUUUUAGGCAUUUGUCUUCUUCAAUCUUUCUCUGUAUUGUUCCUCUAUCACUUCUAUGUUUUUUCAUGAAGACACUUUUGGAAACACCGUCUGAAUAGAAGCUUUCUUUUAUUGAAGAACAAAACAUCCUAUUUGAUUGUCCCAAAAGUACAUAUUGGCAUUUCUGAGAUCACAGAAUUGAGGUGCUAUUGAAUUUAUAGCCACAAUAUUGAAGAAAUAUGUCAGCUUUAAGGCAGAGUGCUAGUUCAUCUGCAUCAGAAGAUGAUCAAAGGUAUGCAGGAAUGGAUGAAAAGAAGAGGAAAAGGAUGAUUUCUAACAGGGAAUCCGCGAGGCGCUCGAGGAUGAAGAAGCAAAAGCUUCUGCAAGAUUUGACUGGGGAAGUGAGCAGAUUACAGGCUGCUAACAAGAACAUUGUGGCUAAAAUUGAAGAGACCACAGAGAGAUAUACAGUUUGUACUGCACAGAAUAAUGUGCUGAGGGCACAGGCAAGGGAAUUGGAUGAUAGGCUGAGGUAUUUAAAUGAUGUUAUUAAUGACACUGGUUUGGCUGUGGAUGCUGCUGAUCCUUUGCUGAAGCCAUUGCAGAUUCCUUGUUCCAUGCAGCCCAUUGCUUCUUCAGGCUUGUUUAAAUUUUGACGUCGAUUUGGUUGUCUUUAAUGGCUAGUUGGAUACCUUUGCUUCCAUUAGUCCAUAUAUUAGUAGUGGUUUCUUUAAUGGUAAUGUCAUGUUAGUUAUGUCUUUGGUGGUUAUGCUUUAGUGUAUGCUGUGUCUGCUUACUCUUUGAACCAUGUAUAUACCUGGAAUUAUCUGGGAGUUGUUGAAUCACAUGUUUCUAUCUUGCUUGCUGGUCUUUUGUUUAUGAUGAUAUUAACAAUAAGGGAUAACGGAUUUGUCCUG